CUUAAAGAACGAGAGAAAAACUUGGACAUGCAGAGUAAUCAAUUUUUGAAGGAGAAGAAACUAUUGGAAGAAGAUAAGAUUAGCAUAAAGCAAGAGAGGGAAAUGUUCGUUAAGCAACGUGCAGAACUUUGCUAUACUCAGGAGUGUUGGAACGAUGAACUCAUAAAGUAUUUGGUGGACAGCAAUUACUUCUUCUGGAAUUUAAUCGAGCAAAUGCCCAAAAUAGUAUACAUGAAAUGUGAAAAUAGCGUGGACCAAAACUUGUUAGACAGACAACAGGCAGAGUCAUAAAAAAGGCGAUUGUUAACUUAGUCAACCGUUAUUCUCCAUUAAGAUUGCACGAUUCGGUUUACGAACGUAAUCUCGUCCGUCUCCAUCGAGAGAACCUUUCAUUAAUGUCAGACAAACAUCGAUUAGAAAGAGAGUUACAUCAGCAAUGUGAGUACAGCAAGAAAUUGUGCCAAAUAUUACAAUGGCACAAGAUGGACAUUCCAGACUUCCCAAAAUCCAGCUUUUCAGACUGUCCAACACAAGAUGCAAUACAAAUCCUCCCCUUAAUAUUUUGCAUGAUUUUGUUUCUUCUUCUUACUUUAUUCUUGGUUUCUUAAUGAAAUCCGCAAAGAUGUUCUAGAUAACGAAUGUAAGGAAUACACGUGUAAAUUAAAAUAUGUUUGGUUUUUAUUGCACAUUAAAUAUCACGUCUUUUACAAAGUAUUUUAUGUAUAUAACAGAAAAAAGGACUUCUUUCAAAACAACUUCGAUUUACUCCGUAAGAAAAGUUAUACCUUUAUGAAAUUCUUUCUGAAAUGUCAGAAAGGAUUCUUUUUGAGUUCAUUUCGAACAAGUUACACGAAUUCAUAAAGAAUUCAAAAAGGUGAAUCCUUUGCGAGUUCAUAACGAUCACCUCUGCUAUCUGGUAUAUAAUGAAUUUUAAUUUAAUAAUUUUUUUUAUUAUCAUAUUAUAUGUUAUAUUAUAUAUACAUUAUUACAUAUACAUUAUUUUGUAUCAUUGUAAUAUGCUUCAAAUAUGAAACCAUAUAUGUAUAACAAAUAUAACUUGAUACCAUCAUUUUUUGCUUAUCUGCUUUUGUAGCAUUUUAUAUGAUCAAUCAUUUAUUUAAUUCUACAUUUUCCUUUUCUUUCCUUCGUUUUUUCAUUUCAUUUUUGUAUAUUUGUUUAUUUAUAAAUGCAACAUGUUUUGCUUCGAUUUAUAAUAUAACUUAAUGAAAAUCGAAGAAUUUUCAUUGCUGAAUAAUACUGCUUGCAAUAAGGAAUUUUCAUAUCCCUAGUUUUACCGAUGAUUUACCGAUGGAUUAAAUAAAAUUUUUCUUUCUUGUUAUUAUACAACGCUCACUGUAUUAUAUUGUAUUUUUGGUGGUAGUGAAAAAGAAAGGAAAGAGAUAUAUGAAAAGAAAAUAUGCGGUGUGACAAGGAAAGGUGUACCGUCCAAUCACAUUGCGACUUUUUCACAGUUUUGCAACGUAGCUCUGGAUAGGUAGCUAUGCGAUUUUCUCCCUUAGUUUGCGCUUUUUAAGCAAGAAUGAUGCACCGUUAGGCAGGUUAUGCUUCUGAGACAGAGAAGAGCUUCGGAGUGCAGAGGAUGAUGCUGUGGUGUGCAGACGUGUGGCUUGACAUAACAGACAAAACGGAUACAAAGUGAAAAUACAAAGAUAGAGAUUCACAACUGUAAGAAGAAGUUUUUGUUAUAAUAAUUUAUCAAUUCUGUUGUAUUAUUACGAAUUUAAAUGGACCACCAAGAUAUGGCUUCAAUCCAGAAUGUUAAUGUUAGUGAUGUUAGUGACGAUACCGAUAGCUCGGCCUCUUUUGUCAUAAUAGACGAGGAUUCAGCAGACGAAGUUGACGCUUCCUUGUUAACUUCGUAUAUUCAACAGAAAAGCACGUUAUCUGAUUUUAAAGAAAUAAUAUUACUUAAAGAACAAGAGGAAAACUUGGACAAUCAGAGUGAUCAAUUGUUGAAGGAGAAGGAACUAUUGGAAGAAGAAAAGACUAGUUUAAAACAAGAGAAGGAAAUGCUCGAAGAGCAGAGUGAUCAAUUGUUGAAGGAGAUGAAACUAUUGGAAAAAGACAAGAAUAGUUUAAAGCAAGAGAAAGAAAUGCUCGACGAGCAGAGUGAUCAAUUGUUGAUGGAGAAGAAACUGUUGAAAGAGGAAACUUUUAGUUUACAGCUAGAGAAACAAAUAUGCGAUAUGCGUCAUCAAUUGUUGGAGGAGAAGAAACUGAUAGAAAAAGAAAGGGCUAGUUUAAAACAAGAAAAAUACAUGUUCUAUAAGCAGUAUGAGAAAUUGCAAAUGAAGAAGAAAUUGUUGGAAAAAAAAACUAUUAAUUUAAAGCAAGAGAAAGAAAUGCUCGAUAAGCAGAGUAAUCAAUUGUUGAAGGAGAAAAAACUGUUGGAAGAAGAAAAUAUUCGUUUAAAGGAAGAGAGACAUAUGCGCGAUAUGCAGAGGUCGGAGGAACUUUACUCUUCUUGCGAGAGGCUUUCCAAUGCUUACAAGAAACAUUUGACGGGCGGCAAUCAAAAGCUCCAAAAACGUUGUGAACAAUUGCUCGACGAGAAACGUAGCAUAGAAAAGCAACUUAUAGAUGAACGGAAGCAACAUGAGGAUGCAAAGAAGAGAAUUGUACACAAAGAUGAUACUAUCUGUGCACUUGAAGAGGUAGUAAGCGUCUUGAAAGAUGAGCUCACUUUUAUAAACAAGACCAGAAGCCCGUUAUGGCCGUUUUAAUCUUUUCGUUGCGAUAAUUUCUUUUGAUUGUGAUAAUUAAAAAAGAACGCAGAUUGUAGUAUACGCUGUAAAUACAUACCCUAUAAAAUAAACUUCUUUCGUUUCUGUA